AAACUCAAGGUUCCUGGGUGUAGGUUAAAGUUUAGUCCACAAUCUGGUGCGGACUGCUUCAGAGCGGCUCAAACUUCCAUAUUCCUCCACAAUGACAGCACGGAACAUAUCUCGGUUCUGGGAGUGGGGCAGGAAGAUUAUUUGUGUCGGGAGAAACUACGCGGAUCACGCCAAAGAGCUGAAAAAUGCGAUUCCCACAGAGCCGAUCCUGUUCCUGAAGCCUCCUUCUGCGUAUGUGACAGAAGGCUCCCCGAUCCUGGUCCCCAUGUACACCAGCGACCUGCACCAUGAGGUGGAGUUAGGGGUGGUGAUCGGGAAAGGGGGCACAGCCAUCCCCCAGUCCGUCGCCAUGGAGCAUGUCGCUGGUUACGCUCUGUGCCUGGACAUGACAGCGAGGGACAUCCAGGACGUGUGCAAGUCCAAGGGUCUCCCCUGGACCAUGGCCAAAGCUUUCAACACCUCCUGCCCCGUCAGCGAGUUCAUCCCCAGGGAGCGCAUCCCUGACCCUGGCAACGUGAAGCUGUGGCUGAGAGUCAACGACCAGCUGCGGCAAAGCGGCUGCACCUCUGACAUGAUUUUCUCCAUUCCGUAUCUCAUCAGCUACAUCAGUGACUUCAUCACAUUGGAGGAGGGAGAUCUCAUACUGACCGGCACUCCUAAAGGGGUUUCCGCCGUGCAGGAGCACGACGAGCUGCGGGCUGGGAUCGAGGAUGUUGUUACCAUGAGCUUCAGAGUAGACAGACAAGAGCAGUAGUGGAAAUAAUAAUAAAAAAAGGCAUUCAGACCACAGACAAGUCUGUGCAGGUUUUCAGUCAUUCCGGUCAUUCUGUCUUCAGUGCUUUAGUUAAAGGUAAAUGCACUUGUUUUAGUGAAGUUGAAUUUUUAAAUAUUAAGUGACGUUGCCUUCAUAUCGCUCCUGAAGAUGCAAAGAUAAAGGAGGGAUCCAAACUUGAAUCUUAAUUAUUUUAAACGUGUCUCUGUGUGGAACAGCAGGUGGCAGCGCAGUACCACCAACACCCCACGAAUCCCACACUCAUUGUUCUGAGUUUAAUCAGCAACGCCAAUGUCCUUCAUGUUGAAGAUCUGUGUUACUGUAAUUCAAAAACACUUUCAAAACUCACUCAAAUAAAAAAUUCAAUCAUA